AUGCCGCGCGAGCUCGCUAUCUACCUGGAUGGACCUUACGGCGAGGGGCACCAGGACUGGUACCGGUUCGAGGUGUCCGUGCUCGUCGGCGGCGGCAUAGGCGUUACACCGUUCGCCUCCAUCCUCAAGGACAUCGGCCACAGCAACCCCUCAGCCAUCACUUGCAAAAAGGUUAAGACAGCACUGGUGCAGACGAGUUGCGUGUACUUCCUCUGGGUGACGCGCACACAGAAGCACUUUGAGUGGCUGGUGGACAUCAUUCGCGACGUAGAAGACAACGACAAAGGCCAUCUGGUCUCCACCCACAUCUUCAUCACCCAGUUCUACUCCAAGUUUGACCUGCGAACCACCAUGCUGUACAUCUGUGAGCGCCACUUCCAGAAGAUCAGCAGAAGAUCCCUGUUCACCGGCCUGAGGUCCAUAACCCACUUCGGCCGACCAAACCUGCCGUCGAUCUUCAGCGCUCUGAAACGCGUGCAUCCAAAGGUGGAGCAGUUCGGCGUGUUCUCGUGCGGCCCGCCGCCCAUGACCCGGUCUGUGGAGGACGCGGCCCAGGCCAUGAACCGGUCCGACGGCGCCACAUUCCACCACCACUUCGAGAACUUCUGA